AAAUGAAACUGUCAGCGAUGCUCCUGAGAGAAGAAGGAUUCAAACAUCAUCUGGAGGAGGAGGAAGAAGAGGAAGAUGAGGAAGAGGAGGACAGGAAGGAGCAGGUCUCUACUUUAGUGCUGCAGUUGGAAACUGAAGAGAGCGACCUCAGCCAGGAGGAAGAGGAUGAGGAAGAGGAUGACGAUGGAGAGCUGGCUCUCUGGUCUCCUGAGGUGAACGUGGUGGAGCUGCAGAAGCAGAAGGACAAAGGCCUCGGCUUUAGCAUCCUGGACUAUCAGGACCCGUUGGACCCUGGUCGGUGCGUGAUGGUGAUCCGUUCCCUGGUUCCUGGGGGAUCAGCAGAGCGUCAUGGCGGUUUACUUCCUGGAGACCAGCUGGUAUCAGUUAACCAAACCCAGUUGGACCCUUUCACCCUAACGCAGGCAGUGGAGGUCCUGAAGGCAGUACCGCCUGGUACUGUCCGUCUAGGGAUCCGCAAACCACUGGUGGAACAAGCAGAGACGAACAAGGAGAAGAAAAUUCUGGUGUCUCCUGAAGCUGGGCUGGUUCCAGAGGAAUUGAGCAAUCGCUCCGUGCUUCCAGAAUAUCCUAAGGAGGAAGACGAGGAGGAGGAGGAAGAGGAGCUGAUUCUGGAUGGAGGUCUGCCUCGCUACACCUCCUCUCUGACCUCUGACCUCCAGCCUGUGGAGGAGGGCACAGAGAUGGCUGUAGAUGAGGAGGAGGUGGAGGCUGAGGAUGUGAUGAACUCCCUGCACAGGAUGCCUCCUCCGUCCUUUGAGGAGUGGCAGCUGUCAUCCUCUGCCGGCAGAGCAGGAGGUUUUGAGGAGCUCCAGACAUGGAGGAGAGCGUCACAGGAUGAGGAGGAGUUGCAGAAGUCAGACCAUGAGAGCAUCUCAUCUGUUGGUAGACUGAUCCUGGGCCUUCCAGACUCCAGAGAAGGAGAAGUGGACUCGGACCUCACUCUAACGGACACCGACACCGAGUCUGCAAAGAUGGUGAACUCUGGGAGGAGGAAGAGGCGGAGCCAGCGAUGGGGACACAGUGAUCUGCCUGAAAGAGAAGCAGGAGAGGGAGAGGAGACCCCUGCCUUCAGUCACUGGGGACCCCCCCGCAGGGUGGAAGUGUGGCCAGAGGAUGGCCAGUCUCUGGGGCUGAGCAUCGUUGGAGGUCGACACGUCAUCAAACGCCUGAAGAACGGAGAGGAACUGAAGGGAAUCUUCAUCAAACAGGUUCUUCCAAACAGCCCUGCUGCUAAAUCUCACUGCCUGAAGACUGGAGACAAGAUCCUAGAGGUGUCGGGUGUGGACCUGCGAACAGCCAGUCACGAGGAGGCGGUCAGCGCCAUCAAGUCCGCUCCGAGUCCGGUCGUCUUCAUUGUGCAGAGCCUGUCAGCUACGCCGCGGCCGGUGUCAUUAACAGCAUCCAGCAACAGCAAACACAAAGUCAAGCGGAGAGAGCCUCUGAUACCUGAAGCUACGCUGCCCCCCCUCAGACAGCCCCCACCCUACAGGCCUCCCAACCAAUCAGAGCAGGAGCUGUCCGCUCGCCUGCAGAAGGUCAAAGAGCGUUGGUGUGAGCGAUAUGGAGACCUGCAGGGGGAGCUGCUGUGCGUGGAGUUGGAGAAGGACCGGCAGGGUUUGGGUCUCAGCCUGGCGGGAAACAGGGACCGUUCCCGCCUCAGCAUCUUUGUGGUUGGACUCCAUCCAGGUGGGCCGGCCUCCCGUGACGGACGCAUCCAUGUUGGAGACGAGCUGUUGGAGAUCAACAAUCAGGUUCUUUAUGGACGGAGUCACCAGAACGCCUCGGCCAUCAUUAAAAGCGCCGCCCCCAAGGUGCAGCUCAUCCUGCUAAGGAGUGAUGAUGCUCUAACCCAGAUGGCGGUUUCUCCUCUAACGACUCCUCCUCCUGCUCCUCCUCCCACCCUGAGUCCAGUCAGCCCAGAGGGUGUGCCGACAGCACAGUCUGGUGGCUCCGCCCCCUCUGAAGAGCCCCACCCAACAGACAGUAUGAGGCCCCUCCCCUCUCCGGGCACUCCGGAGGAGACCCUGACUGAUGAGGUUGUUCAGAACGACGGAACCAGUAGUAGCGACGGCGCCUCCAGGAGGCUGACAGAGGAAGAUACACUCAAGAAGGUUCAGAGAAACUCCGAAGCCUUCAGUAAGACGCAGAGGCUCAAAGCUGCAGAGGCUCCAGAAGAUGAGCUGAAGGCUCCAAGGGUGCAGCCGGAGAGUCAGUCCUGCAGGUCCAGCAGCAGCUCCAGCAAAGCUCCAGCGGCUUCUCCUCCUCUGAUCAGCGCCGAUGUCCACGCUGUUAACAGAGACCCGUCCUGCUGCGCGGUGAUUCCGGGUCAGGAAACCGUUCUGGAGAUCUGCAAAGGUCGGUCUGGACUGGGACUCAGCAUAGUGGGAGGACGGGACACACAGCUGGACGCCAUCCUGAUCCAUGAGGUCUAUGAGGAAGGGGCAGCAGCCAGAGACGGUCGGCUGUGGGCCGGAGACCAGAUUCUGGAGGUAAAUGGCGUGGAUCUGCGCGGGGCGUCACACGAAGAGGCUAUCACCGCCCUGCGUCAGACGCCGGCAAAGGUCCGGCUGACGGUUCUGAGAGAUGAAGCCCAGUACAGAGUGGAGGAGAACCUGGAUGUGUUUAACGUAGAACUGCAGAAGAAGAGCGGCAGAGGACUGGGCUUCAGCAUCGUCGGGAAGAGGAGCGGCAGUGGGGUGUUCAUCUCAGAGGUGGUCAGAGGUGGCGCUGCUGAGCUGGACGGACGCCUGAUGCAAGGAGACCAGAUUCUGUCUGUGAACGGAGAGGAGACGCGCAACGCCUCCCAGGAAGCAGUGGCCGCCAUGUUGAAGUGCACCCGUAAGCCGGUCCAGUUGGAGCUUGGCCGGCUGAAAGCUGCUUCAUGGAUCCCAUCUAAACUGACCUUUAAGGGGAGCCAGAUGAGUCACCUCAGCAGCAGCAGCUCCUCAGGGGUUGUGGCUCCGCCACUCCCACAGACAACCGUCUCACCUGACCCCCCCACCACCACGGAGCCGCUUGACUGCAGCAAGGCCAGCAGUGACAUCACUUCCAGUUCUGAAAGCAGCUCAGGUAGAGAUGGAGCGCCAGGGCUGGAGGCGGGGCUCCGGACCGUGGAGAUCACCAGGGGUGCCGGAGACUCCCUCGGGGUGAGCAUAGCGGGAGGAAAGGGCAGCCCUCUGGGGGACAUCCCCAUCUUCAUCGCCAUGAUUCAAGCCAACGGCGUGGCAGCGAAGACGCAACGGCUGAAGGUGGGAGACAGAAUCGUCAGCAUUGGCGGUCAGUCGGUGGACGGUCUGUCCCACAGUGAGGUGGUAACCAUGCUGAAGAACAGCUACGGGAACAUCAGUCUGCAGGUGGUGGCGGACACAAACAUCAGCGCCAUCGCUUCGCAGGUGGAGAGUUUGACUGGCAGCUCCAGUUUGUUGGCCAGCACCGACCCGCAGAACCCAGUAGACCCAGAAGGUCCACGGCCCCGCAGCAUCACUCUGGAGAAAGGUUCUGAGGGACUCGGGUUCAGCAUCGUUGGCGGCUUUGGCAGUCCCCAUGGAGACCUUCCCAUCUACGUGAAAACCGUCUUUAGCAAGGGAGCUGCUGCAGUGGACGGACGCCUGAAACGUGGCGAUCAGAUCUUAUCUGUAAACGGAGAGAGUCUUCAGGGAGUGACUCAUGAGCAGGCGGUGACCAUUUUGAAGAGACAGAAAGGAUCCGUCACGCUGGACAUUCUGUCCUAACAAGCACACCUGGAGACACAUGGAGGACACCUGUUACUCUGAGCUUCCCAACAUGCAAAAAAUACCCCUACUGGUCUCACAGUUGUCCUCUGUCUCUAAGAAGGCCAUGUCCUCCCGCUUUACCUCCACCUGACUCCGCCCAUCUCUCAGACAGGUGUCUCACCUUCUGCAGAGUCCCUCAUAAGCUUAUAUGAGAUUCUCCUCUUUUCAAAGCUAGAUCUCUCAUGGAACCACAGCUCAUCAAAAAAUAUUCAGGAUACCAACAAAUUCAACAAUCUAUUGUUUGGUUGUUCUGCCACCUAGUGGUCACUCUGAUUAUAGCAGCCCCACUGGGCUUCCUGCUCUGUCUUCCCAGUCUCUGAGGCUCAUCCACCGGUUCUAAUGGCUGUAAACCGGAACCACGGAACAAUCUGGUUGGAUGAUGUCAUCCUGUCAAUAAGCUGUUCAUCCGGUGCUGAUCACCAGAUGUUAAACACCAGACAGGAAACACCAACGGCUCUGAUGCUAAUAAGAAAAAAGGGACGCUUAAUUCCUUAGGUCAACUUUUCUACUGAGGGUUUGUGUCCAGAACAUUCCCAGGGAGGGGGAGGGGGGGUAUCACGGCAUGCUAAGAACUGAUGACACGUCAUGGUGAUGCAUGCAGAAGCUUUAGCAGAAGCCUGGCUGCAAAACUAGGCAACAAUGAUGUCACACUAGGUCACAAAAAGAAAGUACAGAGAAGCCAAGAAAAAAAUUAUUCUGGUUCUGUGGUUCAGAAAGUAGAACAUUGUUUAAGUUUUAAAGAAACUGCAGUUUCUGUUAUGCAUGAAUUUUAUCCAGAGAUUCUGGCUCAAACUCGACCCAAACAGAACUAGUCCCUCUUUCAUAACACCGGUGCUGCUAAUAUAAACCGCUGUAGCUUAAACCAGCAGUCUAAGCUUUUCUUUUUCAUUUUGAGCAGAAAUUGUCUGGGAUCAGUCUGAAGAUUUGGGUCUAUUUUCACAGCUAAAGAAAUUAUUUUGAUUUAAAAGUUCAGUUUGUCUUAAAAACACCAUCUAAAAGUCUCCAGUUUAGUCUCUUAAAUCAGUUCACUUUCUUUUUCACAAGCCUGUAGUUUCUGUUGCACAGAAAGAGCCAUCCCUAGUUUUUUCCAUCAAUGUAAAAAUGUGCCAUCUUUUGAUAAAAUUAUUUUUUUAAUUUAAUACAUGCAGAUUUAAUACAUAUAUAGACUUUCUAUAAGAGUUAAUGCUCGCUGUCUCCAUAGAGACAGCUCUCAGGAUGUUGUUGGUAUUUCCGUCGCCUUGACAACAGAAACAAUGUCUUCCUUAUGAUAUUUAUCAUGAAUGGGUUAAAAAUUUAGUCUAGAUAUAAAAGCUACAGAUUGACAUUCUUUGUGUUCUUCGAAUAACAAAAAAAGAAACUGGCUUUUUGUGUUUCAUAUUAAAAUCAUUCUGUUGAAAAGAUCCUGCAAACCAGAUUUUUUGUAGCAUGCCUGUAAAUCUGGGUGUUUUCCAUCAGUUUCCUAUUUAUAAUUUUGUUCAGAAGGAUACUUCCAAAAAAUUUUGCUUCUGCUAAAAGGAGUUGCUCAAAAUACCCUAAAUAUUUUCCCUAAAACACAUUGUUUUCAGGAAAAUCUGUGAGUUUUCAAGAAAAUAUUCAUUCAGGUUUUCCUGAAAAAAUCCAGGAGGUUUUCCUGAAAAAAUCCAUGAGGUUUUCCUGAAAAAAUCCAUGAGGUUUUCCUGAAAAAAAUCCAUGAGGUUUUCCUGAAAAAAAUCCAGGAGGUUUUCCUGAAAAAA